CAUAUAAAUAUAGGCACAAACAUGAACAAAAAAAGGCACACACAGAGAGAUUUAGCUCUAGCAUCCUUCCAGGACACCGCACCAGUUAUCAAGCCAGAGAGCUAAGCUACUGGUCUCCGCCUCUGCUCUCCAAGACAGUGCCUAUCAAUGAUGUGGGAACUCCGCUCCGUGGCCUUCACACGAGCAGUCUUUGCUGAAUUUCUAGCCACGUUGAUCUUCAUCUUUUUCGGCCUGGGCUCGGCUCUCAACUGGCCCAUAUCUCCACCAAACGUCCUCCAGAUCUCACUGGCCUUUGGCCUGGCCAUCGCUACCUUAGUUCAAGCUGUGGGUCACAUCAGUGGAGCUCACAUUAAUCCUGCAGUGACACUGGCAUGCCUAGUGGGCUCCCAAGUUUCCUUCCUGAGGGCUGUCUUCUACGUGGUGGCACAGAUCUUGGGAGCUGUGACAGGGGCAGCCCUGCUGCAUCAACUCACCCCACACCAUAUCCGAGGGAGCUUGGCCAUUAACAAGGUGUACAAUAACACAACGUCAGGGCAAGCAGUAACUAUGGAGCUGUUCCUCACCUUCCAGUUGGUCUUGUGCAUUUUUGCAUCCACUGAUGACCGCAGGAGCGAUAACAUAGGAUCACCAGCUUUGUCCAUUGGCCUCUCUGUCGCCCUGGGUCACCUGCUUGGGAUCUACUACACUGGUUGCUCCAUGAAUCCUGCUAGAUCUUUUGGUCCUGCUGUGAUCAUUGGUGACUUUGAAGACCACUGGGUCUUCUGGCUGGGCCCAAUGGCUGGAGCACUGGUGGCUUCUUUGCUCUACAACUACGCUCUCUUCCCCCACACAAAGACCCUCUCUGAGAGGCUCGCCAUCUUCAAAGGCUAUGAACCGGAGGAAGACUGGGAAGAGCGCGAAGUCCGACGGAGGCAAUCCAUGGAGCUACACUCCCCACAGACCCUUCCUCGGGGGGCAAUGGAGAAAGUCUAAGCCAAGGACCAGUUUUUUAAAAAAAGAGGCAACAGCCAGUCGCUUUCUCUGACAUUUACUUGCACGUCCAACAUGUAGUCAUACCUGUUGCGAAGGCACAGUGCACAUCUAGCCUCUGACUGAGAGCAGUAUGUUGUAUGUUCAUGAUGGACACUCUUGGAGCUUAACCUUUUAGCACAGGUUGUAAUACAGUAGAUGGAUCUGUAGCUCUGAAAGACCACCCACACCCACAUAAAAGUUUAAGCUUUCUUUACAAACCAACAGAACCAUUGCAUGGUGCAUCCUGACUCAUGAGUUCAGUGAGCAUAAUUGUUAACUCUGUCUAGUUCUCCAGAUAUCCUCUAGCAUUCGGGUCGGAGAACUAAACUAGUUGAUCCGAAGAAUUACCAGUCUAUAUAAACCAAAUAUUGGCCAGUUCCUUUCAGGAAACCGCAAGUACGACUUUGGAGAGCAAAAUCCUGGCACUGGGAAUGAUGGCUGAGAAAAUUCUGAAAACACCAACAUUGUAUUUGGGUCCCAGCCCCUUACAAAGAAGAGAGUCACAUUUUAUUCAAGCCUGAAUGAACUGAAUAAGGACAAAGCUGCACAGAAUAAAGUAAGGCUAUGUAAGCAAGCUUAGGAGUGUGGCCAAUCUCACAGACUUGGGAAGCAAUAUUUCUUGGUAACUAGACGUGUACCAUUAUUCAAAUGUAUGCAAAUAUAUUAAGCUAGUAUAGCCUGCUGGAGCAUGAGCAACAUUUAUAGCUAAUUAGGAUAAGCUGGCAUCUACUGACGCUCAGUGUUUUCCCGAGAUUUUUAAAGAACCCUUGAGUUUCCCUUUGCAUCCCAGAGUUAAUUACUUCUUUUUUUGCUUUCUUAAACUCCAGCCUCAUUGAUGUAAUCAAACAAUCCGAUUUUUGCAAACACAAAAGAAAACGUCUUGUCCUGUCUAGCUACUGCAUCAGCUUCAUUGUACUCCUGCAGGUUUGAUUUAAGCUCCUGUGUGCACAUAUUAAAUGAUAUGACUUUCAGACAAGUUUUUGAUUCCUGUACAAGCUUUUUAUCACCAUUAAGGACAGCUGUUUUUACAAAGCUCAAAUGACAUUGAGGAGCAAUGUGUGGGUUUUUUCAGCUUCAGCAGGAUGUCUGUGAAGGGGUGGUUGUCUGUUUGUGAAUGCAUCUGUGUGUUUUGUCCUUAAAAUGCAUUUAAUAAACUUUACUUCCCU